CGUUUCGAAACAUACUGGGUAUAAUACUACCAACGAGAAUGUUGCCGCAGAGCCUUCGACCUCCAGCGUAGAGGAUGGGAAUAGCAUCGGAGUGCCAGUUCAGGAGGACAAGAGUUUCAAAACGCUGGCUCUUACGAUCAUGCCUAUGCUCAUCGGUACCUUCCUCGCUGCCACAGACGCCACAAUCGUCGCGUCGUCCUAUGCCUCCAUAGGCAGCGAACUGAAUCAACUGCAAAACACGAGCUGGAUAGCCACGGGUUACAUGCUUACUCUGGCCAGCUUUCAGCCGUUAUAUGGGAAAAUGAGCGACAUAUUCGGACGGAAACAGUGCCUGCUCUUCUCCUAUGUCAUAUUCGCCCUCGGAGCGCUAUGGUGUGGCCUCGCUAGGAACAUGGAGGAGUUGAUUCUGGCGCGAGCAUUUGCUGGUAUUGGGGGAGGAGGUAUGACGACAAUUGUCUCCAUAGUUUUGAGCGACAUCAUACCCCUUCGCUCGAGAGGGACAUGGCAAGGUCUCUUGAACAUCUGUUUCGCAACCGGAAGCGCGACUGGAGCGCCAAUCGGUGGAAUUUUGGCGGACACAAUAGGCUGGAGAUGGGCAUUCCUACUUCAAGUUCCCAUCACAGUUCUAGCCAUCAUCUCCGUCUCCCUCGCUCUCAAGCUACCCUCCCGUGAUGACUCGCACUGGCUCGAUAAACUGAAACGCGUUGACUUCAGCGGUGCUCUCGCUCUCGUCCUCUGUAUCACUUCCCUCCUCGUCGGCCUCGAUCACGGCGGGAACGUUUCCUGGACAGAUCGCACCGCCAUUAUCUCCCUAACCUCUUUCGCCGUCCUCCUUGUCAUCUUUGCCGUCAUAGAGUUCAAGCUCGCCUCUGAGCCUUUCGCGCCAAAGAGGAUCGUGGCGAAUACGGCCUUGUUGGCUAGCUACUUGUGCAACUUUUUCUGUAUUGCGAGUAGUAUGGCCCUCAUUUUCCAUGUGGCGAUGUAUGUACAGGCGGUGGAGCAUAAAAGUGCGGCGAAGGCUGGGAUGGCGCUCAUUCCUGGCAUUGUUGGCGGUGUGGCGGGAAGUCUGAUUGGAGGACUCAUCAUGCAGCAUACUGGGAGAUAUUAUGUCUUGACCGCCGUGUCGUAUUUCAUGAUGAUGGCAGGGACUGUUCUCACAGCGCUCAUGACUGGUGCGAUCUCACAAUCAUUCCUGGGACUGGAGAUCGGCCUCAUAAUCAUGAGUCUUGGAAACGGCUCGGGCAUUACAACGACCCUCAUCGCUCUCAUUGCCAACGCAGGCGCAAAAGACCAAGCCAUCGCCACCGCAGUAUCCUACCUCUUCCGCUCACUCGGUUCAGUCAUUGGACUUUCGGUUGGCAGCACCAUCUUCCAGAACUCUCUCCGAAAAUAUCUGGUUGCCCAACUCGAGGGUCAGAAUAUCGAUAUCGACGAGAUUGUCAACCGCGUCCGUGAGUCCCUCGACUACGUCGACCAGCUCGACCCCUCUACACGGUUUAUCGUGCGCAGCUCGUACGAAGAAGCGCUGCAGGCCUGUUUCUGGUUUACGGUUGCGUUGGCAGUUUGUGCAUUUUUGUCCUCGUUAUUCGUGAAGGAGAAGCCUUUGGUGAAGAAGUAA